ACAAAACCGGUCUAUACCAGCGCAGAACGUGUCCCUUAUGGGCACUGGAGAUAUAGUUGCAGUAAUGAUCACAGAGUCUUUCGGAAAGGAAAUUCUGGGAUUCCUGGAGAAAAACCAGACCGUGCUGGUGUCCGUGAUUGUGGGUUCAAGAGGGAUGCCCAAAAACAUCAACCGCGGCUCCUUGGUGUUCGUCUCCAUCUCCUUUAUCGUCCUGAUGAUUAUCUCCUCUGCUUGGCUCAUCUUCUACUUUAUCCAGAAGAUCAGAGACACCAGCGCACGCGACCGCAGUCAGCAACGGCUGGGAGAUGCUGCCAAGAAGGCCAUUAGCAAGCUGACUACCAGGACAGUAAAACGAGGGGACAAGGAAACAGAGCCAGAUUUUAAUCAUUGUGCGGUGUGUAUUGAAGGUUAUCAGCUAAAUGAUGUGGUCCGCAUCCUCCCUUGCAAGCAUGUCUUUCAUAAAAUGUGUGUGGAUCCAUGGCUAAAUGAGCACUGCACCUGUCCAAUGUGUAAACUCAACAUCCUUAAAGCACUGGGGGUUAUGCCCAACCUGCCAUGCGUGGACAACAUGGUGUUCGACAUGGAUCGGAUGUCCCGCAGUCAGACCUCCAGCCAGAGGACAGCACUAGUGGACCUGUCCUCAGAGACCAGCAUCAGUCUGGAGCCUCUGCGCCACUCCAGUUCCUCCCAGCUUCCCUCCGACGAAGAGCUCAUUCCUCGCUCCGGAGAGAUUAACAUCGCUGUCACCACUGGUCAUUUCUUCAACCGUAACUCUGUGUCUCCGCGCAGCGUCGUCUGUGAGAUGGAGCUUCCAGACAUCCAGGCGUCUCUGGACAUGUACGACGACAACAAAUCCUGAGGACACGCACCUCAACACCUUAAGCCCAUUCCUCCAUCAUCCUCUUCCCAAACCCCAGACUUUGGGGAACAACCUUUCUGAGUGUAAAAUGGAGAAUUGACAGUGAACACACACUGACUCUGGCGAAUAAACUCUACCGCUGUAGAACUUUCAUCGCCUCAAGCGGAUGUGACUGGACUAUUGCACAUCAUCAGCCUCCUUUUACACUUGUUUUUCUCUCUUUGAAAGACGUUUUCAAAAGACAUCGGAUGUUGAAAGUACCUCAUAGUUGGUUCUCUCAGUUCUCUACAAAUGUAGUCUCAACCGUCGUCUCAUGUAUGUAAUUUGCGCUCCAAUAUUGUUCCAGAUGGGGAAAACUCUCUGUUGGACGGUCUUAAAAGCUGGAUGGGAAAACUGAGCCUUUAUUGAAGACUGUCUGCUUUGUAUCUCUGCUUUUUGUAGCUCUAAACGGCGUCUCAGAUGCGAACAAACUCGUCCUUCAUGUGCUCAAAAUGCUGCAGCUUCACGAUUAGUGCUGGUCUGAUAGCACUGGAAAACUCCUCGACAAAUCACCGUUACUUCCUCGUAGAAAUAUACAGUAUUUCUCUGUACAUAGAAUGAAAAUGUUUGAAACAUGUAUUUAAAGAAAAUCCUAUGGAAUACCUAUGGCGAAUACUAAUCAGUUCCAAGCAAGGGGACCUAAUAUACAUAAACAUAUAUGAAUAUAUACAGUAUUUGCAUAUAAUAAUUCAUAUAUCUCUCUCUUUCUCAAGUGGCCUCUUAGCACAGUUUGUCUUUCCUGGAUCUUGUCCGUGCACAAGAGUGUCUGUCUGUUUUUCGUUCUCGUUUUUUGGGGGUGGGUGUCGUGACAUUGUGACCAUUACUGGGCUGCUGAUUCUGCAUCGGGUUUGUUUUUUGUCAUAUAGUUGUGUUCAGGACUGGGCAGAAGCUCUGCUCUGAGUAAACUCAGUGAGUAAAGGCUCUGCUUUAUGUGGGUCAUGAUAAUGGGCUACCUAUGUUACAUACUGCCUCAGCAUUAAACUUGUCAGAAUUG